CAUGAACGCGGAAGUGCCGCCAAAACCGUCAUCGUCGCCGUUUUCAAAACAAGUCCAAACAUGUAGAAGAGGUUCUGGGCAGUUGAGUGAUUUUGUUUCGGUCUGAUCGUACCUAUUUGAGCCGAGAAGGGUUCUUUCUCCAGGAUGGAGAAUGGAGUCAAAUCCACCAAUACAGAGGGUUUCCUCUCCAGAAUGGCCCUCAAUGACAACAAGGCUGGUAUGGAGGGUCUUGACAGGGACAAAAUCAAUAGGAUCAUUCUGGAGUCUUCCAAGGGAUCUAGGUUUUAUGAGAAUGAGCUGAAGAGAGAGCAGCAAGUGAAUCAGCGCAUUGAGAAAAUUAUGCUACAGAAGGCACAGAUAACAGAAGAGCAGUUAAAGAAGGCGCAAGCUCAGGUAGAGAGGAUGGCUGCUGCGCUGGAGAGGAGUCGUGAUUUGAGCCGUGUGAUUGUACAUGUGGACAUGGAUGCUUUCUAUGCAGCCGUGGAGAUGAGAGACUGUCCUGAGCUGAAAGACAAGCCAAUGGCUGUAGGAUCCAUGAGCAUGCUGUCAACAUCCAACUACCAUGCCAGGAAGUAUGGUGUCCGAGCCGCCAUGCCUGGCUUCAUUGCAAAGAAACUCUGCCCCAACUUAGUAAUCGUUCCAACCAACUUUGAUAAAUACAGAGCUGUGAGUGAGGAGAUCCGGGAGAUUUUCGCAGACUAUGACCCUCACUUCCAGCCAAUGAGCUUGGAUGAGGCCUAUCUGGAUUUUACAGAGCACUUGGAGCAGAGACAGAGCUGGCCAGAUUCUGCACGGACACAUCACUACCGUGCCAGCAACAAAGCUUCAGGUGACAAGCAGAAAGAGCUACCUCAGCAGGAAAUUACAGAGAUGAGAGACUUCUCCCCUGUCUUGUUUGAGGACAGCCCCACCUCCUCCCCAGACUCUAAAGAUCUCAAAGCCACUCAUGCUGGGUUCGAGGUGUUUGGUUCGUCUGUUGAGGAAGCUGUGAGGGAGAUGCGCUUUCGAAUUGAGCAGAAAACCAUGCUGACAGCCAGUGCAGGAAUUGCUCCAAACACAAUGCUUGCCAAGGUGUGCAGUGACAAGAACAAGCCCAAUGGCCAAUACAGACUCCCCCCAACCAGAGGGGCGGUCAUGGACUUCGUCCAGAAUCUCCCAGUUCGCAAAGUUUCUGGCAUAGGCAAAGUGAGUGAGAAGAUGCUGAACGCUCUGGGUGUCACCAGCUGUUCUGAUCUCAGCCAGCAGAUGGCACUGUUGUCGUUGUUGUUCUCAGAGACAGCCUGGCAUCAUUUCAUGCAGGUUUCUCUGGGUCUGAGCUCCACAUACAUACCGAGGCAUGAAGAAAGGAAAAGCAUGAGCACAGAAAGGACAUUCAAGGAGCUGAGUAAAGUAGAGGAGCAGCUGUCUUUAUGCAGGGAGCUCUGUGAAGACUUAGCAGCUGAUAUGAAGAAAGAAAACCUUAAGGGUAAAACAGUUACACUGAAGCUAAAGAACGUGAACUUUGAGGUGAAAACCAGGGCGAUGACGGUGCCAUAUGCCGUUGCUACAGUGGAUGAGAUCUUUGCUGUUGCUAAGGACCUGCUGAAAACGGAAAUAGACAACGAAAGCCCCCAGCCACUCAGACUGAGGCUCAUGGGUGUGAGGAUCUCUGCUUUUGUCAGUGCAGAUGAUAAAAAACCCCUGCAGAAGAGCAUCCUUGGCUUUCUUCAGCCAGGCAAGGCAGGUUCAAGUGGCUUAACCCAAGGAGUGAAUCAAAAUCUGGAGAAAGAGAACCUCUCUGAUCACCCCUCCACAACUCUUGCAUGCCCCCCCUUGGUGCAAAAUUAUAAACAAAAAGAAGUUCCUGUUUGGGAAAAGCAGAGGUUGUCAGAGGGAAACCAAACCAGCAAAGAACCCAAACAGUCUUUUUUCCAUAGGGCUCAUGCUGAACGACUAAAAAUCCAGGCAGCAAAUGCAAAAACGCAGGAGGAAGAACAUGAAGAGAACACUUCUGCGAUCCCCUCCACAGGUCUGUCUCCUCAUAACCAGGAGGAGGCAUCAACAGAAACACACAAGGAGAGCUCUGCACUUUCUGAUGAAUCAGAAAAUGAACAUCUUUCUCUGGUAGAGGCUUGUGCAUCCACUUCAGGCUGUGGUGGUAAAGCGACUGAGACUCUCACCUGUCCAGUGUGUUUUCAACGAGUGGAGACGACUGAUUUAAGUGUCUUUAACAAACAUAUAGAUCAGUGUCUCAGUGAUCCCUCGCGUAAACCAAACCAAUGUUCAAUCUCUGACUCAGACUCAGACAUUGAAUCACAAAGGGACCAGAAAGGUGGUGACGUAGGGGACGAAUCCCGUGGGGAUUGUGUGAUUGUAAAAGCAACAAACAGCAAAGCAUUGGAGUCAAACACUGAUGUUCCUGGGGAUAAACAAAUCGGCAUAAAAAAUAAUUCUAAGACAGGGUUGCUAAUUAAAUAUGAAAAUAAAACAGUGACUUUGCAGCAGUCUCAGCCAUUUAGUGAGAAAGGCUCCAUCCUUAUCUGCCCAGUAUGUCAGCUGACCCAGGAUAGUGAUGACCUUGUUAUCUUUAACCACCAUGUUGACCUCUGCCUGAACAAGCCGGUUCUGCACAAGCUAAGAGGAUGGACUUCAUCUCCCAUGAUUCCACCUUCAGUUGAAAAUAAGACCACAGAAAGAGGCCAUAUUCUGCCGUCAAAGGCAAACAAAGGCAAAAGCAAAAGACGGGAUACACCAUCUUCUCCCCCCUCCAAAAAGGCCAAAAGCGCUGGUCCUCUCAACACCAUUGACAAGUUCUUCAGGUGACAUUCAUUCAUGCUGUGUGUUCAUCUUCAUUUGGUGGAUUUGGAAAACACCUCUUACUUUCCUGUCUUUGACCCAGUGUGCUGGUUUGUAUCAUGAUAUACACCACUAAAAUCAUGAUUGCACACAAAUUGAUUUGAAUGUAUUCAUGAUAUGAGAAGCUAAGUAUUUGCACUCUACACCUUAUUGGUUGUUCUAUAAGCCAUAAGUAAGACAAUAAAUUGAAAUACAGCAACAAAACAAUUUCCUGAUUGUUUAAAUUCUGGCAAAUUAAUGUUAUGACCUUGUUUCCUUUUGCUAGUUUCAUGCCUUUUCUCCAACUGAUUGGAGAUCAGAUUUGAGAAGAUUUUAAGAUAGAUUUAAGAUGUUUGCUUAAUAGAAAUGCAGACUAUUUAUUGCUUAUUUAAGGAUGCCUUUUUAGUUUUUAAAACCAAUAUAGAUAUUUUCAGUCAUUUCUUGUUCUAUUUAUUAUGUAUUUCAGUGAUAAUGCUGCUUCUUUACUGAUGAAGAUAAGAGAAUCCUUCUAUCAUGUACACACAAUUGAAAUAAAUAAAUAAUCUGCUUAA